AUGGUAAGACCAAACUCAUUCAUAGAAUGGGUAGCAGGCGCACCAAUUCCAAGACAAAGGCCUUCCCAACAUGCCAGAAGCCGGUCGAGGUCUCCACACAGACGUGUCAUUGUCCAUGUGGAAACGAGUGAUUCUGAGUGCGGACGCUCAGAGACUUCGUCUGGUAGCAGCCGGACUUCAACCCCGCCCAAGAAGGUCCGGUUCAAAGAGGAGAAGCGGAAGUCUUCACUAAAGAGUGGUGGUAAGGGAAGGGGUUCAAAUGGAACUAGCAGUGAGGAUUCUAUGCAUCACUCAUGCCCUAGAUGCAAUGGCCGUCUGAGUGAAUCCCACGGGAGAGACAAGCAGGCGAGAAAUCAGAACCAACCUAAUAGAACUCAGAAUCAGCACAAGCAAAACAACCAGGGAAGACAACAGAACCAAAACCAUAUCGCCCAAGGUAUUCGGCAAACUCAGAACAAUCGCCCCCAGAACAAUCGCCCCCAGAACCUGAGGAAUAAUCCGAGUAACAACAACUCGUCUUUAACGCAAACCAGACGUGGAUCUCGAGUACGCCUUUUGGAUCAAAACGGAAAUAUGGUAGCUCGAAUGAUACAACCCCGCAGAGCGACGGUCAUUCUCCGGGAGGAUGUGAUUGAGUGCCCUUCUGAUCCGCGCCCAAAUGCAUUCUUCGAUUUGCAAAGCGGUAUCCUACGAGUUUACCAUGGCACAGUGUACGGCAAUCCCUACACUACCCUCAUUCCAACUCCCGCAGAUCAGAUACCUAUCGGUACAUUCGCGCCUCAAGUUUCCCAGUUCGGUGGGCCGCCCUCAAUGCAAACCCCUAUGCCCCAAUAUCAGCAGCCAUCAUAUAGCUCGCCUAUAGGCAAUACUGGUUGGGUCGAUAUGUCAACUCAGCAAGGGGGUAGUAUGCCUGGUGGUUGGCCAAAUGGUGAAUAUACCAACAAUCAAGCUUCUGGAUCGGGAUGGAAUAAAAAUGUUUCAAACCAGACUUCUGGCUCUGGCUGGGUGGAUAACGACAAUAACCAGGCUUCGAACGGCAAUUACACUACUUCGGGCUGGGCUGACAAUAACAACCAGUCAAGCCAGACGAGUAACUUCGGUGGGGAUGGGAACACUGGCUGGGGAGACAACACCCAAAACUUCAAUGAUAAUAACCCCAACAAUAACAACUCGUAUAGCGGAGGAGGGGCAACGGGAGAUGCAUCAAACGAUAAUCAGCAGUCGCACAAUGUCUGGAAUAGCCCGAACAAUAACCAAUCUAACAACGACAAUCCAUGGGGAAAUGACUCGAAUAAUCAGCCUAAUACCAACAAUACCAACUGGGGGGGAAGCCAGCCGUCCAACAACAACCACCCCUCAAGCCCGGUUAAUAUCAACAAUGGAGGAAGUAAUGACAAUUCUUGGGGCCAACCUGCGAACCCAGCUCCAUGGGGUGAUAUGUCUGCCGCCCAGAGCACUCAAGCCGGGGGGAAUAACCCAGGUAGUUAUAAUACGAGCAAUUCCUGGGGUGGAGGGAAUGACAAUUCCAACAGCAAUAAUCAAACCUCCUGGGGUGGAGUUGCAAACGGUAAUUCGAGCCAUAAUUGGGUCAGUUCGAACGGUGGUAAUGGAGGCAAUCCUGUGUGGGGCACCGAGACGGCUAUGUCUGGGGGAAGCUGGGCCAAUGGUGGAAUAGGACCAGUUAAGGCAAAUCAGAGUGGGUGGUGA